GGUGCUCGUCCAUGCGGCGGGGAAGAGGCGGCUGUGGUCCGGCCGGGUCGCUCCUCCUGGUGCUCCCCGCCCCUUCGCCGCCUCCGCCCCCGAACCGAGCCCGCCGCCUGUUGCAGCCACAGCCGCGAGGCUCUGUCUGGGUCUGGCGCGGUCAGCCGGGCUCCCGCACGGAGACACCUCCUCCCUCCUCCUCGCGCUCUCCGCCCCCUCCCCUGCGGGACGCGCGCUCGCCUCCGCGUCCCCCUAGUUUUCCCGCCCACCGCGCGGGCGCGCGCCCCGCUCCCGGGGACAGCCGCCGGGCCUCCCUUUCUUGCAGCCCUCACGGCCCCUCCGUGUCAGCGAAGUGCCCUCAUGUUGUACCUCGGCGCCCCGCGGCAAUGCCCACCCAGCGGAGCCGGCCCACGGGGAGUCCGGCUGCCUGCCUGGGCCCCUAGGCUCCGCCCGCUUCUGGUCAGCGCCCCUCGCCCCCGGCCCGCGUGGCCGCGUCCCAGUCGCCAGGGUUUUCGGCCCGUGAGCCGGGAGAGCUCCACCGCGGCCCCGCGGGCGCCGGCCCCCUGGCCUUCACACCCCUUGGGCCAGCUCGGGGAGGGCAGGCGGGCCCAGUGUCCAGGGAGGGAGUGCAGGCCAGGCGGGCGCCCUGGGCCAGAGGCAAGCCUGGCGCCGGCAUCCCAAGCUCCCUUGAGGGUCCAGGACCGCCAAACCCUGGGAAGGAGCGGGGGUUUAAACAAUUUAGCUUCUGCUAGGAUGCGAAGCCGAACGGAGUAAUGGGUGCUGAUGGGCUUCGCAAACAGAGUCCGAAGGAAGUGGAUUAUUAAAGGCGUUCGGGCCCUGCUGCUUUAGAGAAUAGUUCUCACCCGUUUUCGCAGCGGAGAUUUCGGCCACUGGGAAGAAUCAAGGACCAAGUUUCUGAUUGGGAUUAGCAGUGCCUGGUCUUGACCCACUACACAGAUUUCCUAUCGGCGGGGAAAUAAGAGGAAAAAUGGGAAAGGAAAUUCACGAAGUCUAAGUUGUGUGGUUAGGAAGUCCGACUUUAUGACUCAAGCCUGUCGUGGAAGGGAUGAGAGCAGGACCUGUACCUAGACUUUUUACUUCAUAUUUUGGCACUGCCCUUGUGGUAGGGAAUUUGCAACGCUCUAGUUGUUAAACUGGAAGGACAUUCAUUCUGCACCUUGUACCUCUUGCUUGAUCUGGGCCCCGAGAUAACUUAUAUGUAUCUUCUUUAAACUUAUUUUUCCAAAUUGUUGUGGUUACUUUGAACGCAAUUUGUUUCCAGAAAGUUUAGCAAUCUAAUAUAACUCAACCCUAGGCUUUAAAAAGUCCGUUUUUUUUUUAUUGUAUCAUUCAAAUCAUUUACAGAAGAGGAACUAUUGUCUAGACAGCCCCUCACCCACCCAAAGUUAGCUGACAAUUCAACUUUAAGUAAGUGAUUUGUGGUCAAUACUUCACACCACCACUCCCAACCAUGAGGUUCUCUAGGGCACAGAGUAGGUCCUAGCCAAUUUAUAUUUCUAGCAACUACCAAAGUGCCUUGUAAAUGGUGGGGACUCGGUACAUAUUUGUCAAAUUGAAUUCCCCAAGGAGUGGCUCUUUGCAUUGCUAUCUGUUCUGGAGUGUCAACAUUUCUUCUUUUUGAGCCCAGAAUCCUGCUGUGAUUCCUAAAAUGAGGAGUGAGGAAAAACUGAGCUCACCAUAGAAAACACUGCUCAUUUAUUCCAUAGGAUUUCCACCGCUGGCUCUUCUGGGCACAACAGGCACCCAUGUCCUUUACUGUCCCUUCAUCUUCCGUUUCACCUCCUGGUCAGUGCCAGGCAAUGCAGGCAGUCACUUAUGUGGUGAGAUGGCAAAACUGGGCAACCACGUAAAAUUCUCUCUCUUACAAAACUCCAGAACACUGGAAUGUGAGAGCCACCUCAUUAUUUUGCAUAUAUAUUUUGAGCUGGUGAUUAGAGUAGCAGUAUAAUCAAUCAUUCAUAUAUUUAAAUCUUGGAAUGAGACAGACUGCUUGCUGCAAUGAUAGCUCAUGGAAAGGCAAAGACCCUAUUUUUAAAGACCAGAUGUUUCAUGUACUUCUAUGUCUGACUUAGAAAGUGAUUUAUUCCUUCUUUUGCAGGAAUUAGUACUGAAAUUCAUAUUAAUCAAUGGCAAGGAAGACCAGAGCAGAGGAUAGUCCUGUGAUGAAUGGUCACAAGCUUCUUCCAGCUGUGAAAUAUCUUUCCUUCAUAAAUGACUAUUUCCAUUCCUCUCAUGUAUUUGCCUUGUCUGGAAGACUUUGAUUAUGAGUUUUUUAGGGUGUAUAUAAAGCCCUUACUUUAUAUUUGAGGCCCAGAGAAAUUUUGCAAUUUGUUUAAGCUCACAUAGCUAGUUAGCAGCAGAGCUGGGCCUAAAAUCUUGGACCAUUUCCAAAUCCAUUGUUUGCUUUACUGUAUCACACUGUGCAACUCUUAUGUUGAUCACUGUGAGUACUUAAUAUACUAGAUUUCUAACAGCAGCCUAUUUGCUUCUGAUUGCCGACUAGUUCACUUCAAUUCAUAUUUAUCUUAACUGAAAACCACUCCUUCUGAUGGCUAGUCUGUUGUCUAUAGAAAAUGAGUUGGUGGACUCAUUCUAGCCCUGUUGGACAGCCAAACCCAUCACGACAAAUCAAUGCCAAAAAUGGCAUUUCAAGAGGAAAACAUACCGUUUAUUUAGUACCCCCAACAGAGUAGCUCAAAGUCAUUUGAAAAUGUCUCAUUAAUCCUCAUGACACCCCUGUGGGAUAAUAAUAUUAUUAUAAUGUUUAGGCGUAGAACUGUGGCAAAGCCAACAGCUUCUCUGAGCAUGUGCAGGAUUUCCUCAUAUUUCAGUCUGCAAUGCUAGAGCCUGACAAAAACCAUCAGGUCUGCAAACAGCAAGGGUAAAUAAAUCUUGGUGUUUGGCCUUUCUAUGUUGCUCUAGGCAUAGUUUGUGUUUCCUACUGACCACAUCAAUCCUAGAAAUAGUUCAUCAGUUGUUGGCCAGAUGGUAAGUAGUAUCUAGGAUUAGCUCAGAAGUGUUUGAGAGUGGGACGAGGCAGGGUUAGAGAUCCUGAUCCACAAUUAUAGAUAAAUGAAUGGAGAAAGAACACCUAGUAACAGUAUAAAAGCAUUCCUAUUUCUCCACAUCAUCUCCAGCAUCUGUUGUUUUCUGACUUUUUAAUGAUCGCCAUUCUAACUGGUGUGAGAUGGUAUCCCAUUGUGGUUUUGAUGUGCAUUUCUUUGAUCAGUGAUGAUGAGCUUUUUUUCAAGUUUGUUGGCUGCAUAAAUGUCUUCUUUUGAGAAGUGACUGUUCAUAUCCUUCACUUACUUUUUGAUGGGGUGGUUUGUUUUUUUCUUGUAAAUUUGUUUAAGUUCCUUGUAGAUUCUGGAUAUUAACCCUUUGUCAGAUGGAUAGAUGGCAAAAAUUUUCUCCCAUUCUGUAGGUUGUCUGUUCACUCUGAUGAUAGUUUCUUUUGCUGUGCAGAAGCUCUUUAGUUUAAUUAGACCCCAUUUGUCAAUUUUGGCUUUUGUUCCCAUUGCUUUUGGUGUUUUACUCGUGCAGUCUUUGCCCAUGCCUAUGUCCUAAAUGGUAUUGCCUAGGUUUUCUUCUAGGGUUUUUAUGGUUUUAGGUUUUACGUUUAAGUCUUUAGUCCAUCUUGAGUUAAUUUUUGUAUACUGUAUAAGGAAGGGGUCCAGUUUCAGUUUUCUGCAUAUGGCUAGCCAGUUUU